AUGGGCGUAUCAGAGCCCGGUUGUUCCACCACCCCUGACCUUCCCCUCAUGGACCCUGAGCGACCAGGGUCCGGCAGUGGUCUAGAUGAUGAGGACCUGCCGAGGAGGAAGCAACGCCGGUACCGCACAACUUUCACCAGCUAUCAGCUUGAUGAAUUAGAGAAGGCUUUUGGCAGAACGCACUAUCCAGACGUCUUUACCAGAGAAGAGUUAGCUCUCAAAAUUGGCUUAACAGAAGCGAGAAUACAGGUAUGGUUCCAAAACCGUAGAGCGAAAUGGCGAAAACAAGAGAAAGUGGGACCCCACGCUCAUCCAUACAGCGGAUAUCUGAGCGGACAGCCGCUGCCUACGUCCGCCUCGCUGCCAGUGGCACCACACCCUUUAUAUGCCAACUCCUCAUUGUUCGGAGCUCAAUAUUUACCUCCGCUGUCGCGUCCCCCCAUAUUCGGUGCUCCACUGUACGCCACAUCACCAGCACAUUUCCAUUCGAUCUUCGCUAAUCUAGUGCCGGAGCCACCACGAUUGUCUCCUGAACACUCCAACUUGUCUCCCGAACAUCCAAGACUAACACCCGAGCAGCCACGACAUUCGCCCGAUCAGCGACUUUCACCCGAGCAAUCCCGAUUGUCUGAACAGUCAAGGCUUAGUCUAGAUGCCCGAUCACCAUCGAUUUCUCCUCCCAUCUCUCCUGGCUGCGAAGCUCAACCACCUGUUGAGGACGUGAGAAGUUCUAGCAUAGCAGCCUUACGGUUGGCAGCGAGAGAACACGAAUUGAGGCUAGAGUUGUUAAGGCAGAGACCUGAUUUGAUUUGUUGAUAAAAAUCGAAUUAAUAGAUAACAUUUAGUAUGUACGCACGGCCGCAUGUCACGCUACACACCACCACCGUAAACAGACCUCUGUUAGCAGGGAAGUUUUAUAAGAAACGCUGUCGAUACAAAGUCCACAAUGUAUAGUCUGACGUGCAGCCGUGUGUACAUUAAUUAAGAAACUCGCUGAUGCCUUAUUGAUACACUAAGGCUGUUUAG